AAAAAAUGAUGACCGAAACUGUAUGAUAACAUCUGUUUAGAACAAAAAGCCGUAACAUCAUCUCUGGACGGCAACAACUUUUGGAUAACCAUGCUUGCACUGCAUCAAGAUCCCGUGAAGCGGAAGCUUAUUCAGCAACAAUUUGUUCUUUUACUCCAUGCACACAAAUGUUCUCAACGUGAGAAGGAAAAUAAUGAGUUUGCUGCCAGGAAUCAACUACUUCCACAUGCUGCAUGUACAUUACCCCAUUGCUCAACUAUGAAGGAAGUAUUGAUUCACAUGACAAACUGCAAUGUUGGUCGUUUAUGUCAUUUCGCUCAUUGUGCAUCGUCUCGCCAAAUAAUAGCUCACUGGAAAGACUGCUCGAGGGAAGAUUGCCCGGUCUGCAAACCACUCAAAGGGAUACAAGAUACUCCAUUACAAUUUUCAUUGCCCGAUGUGAUCAGUCUGAUAGGCGCCAACGGAAAUUCUUAUGGAAGUGCAGAUGGUGAAGUAAUUCAUCAAAUUGGAUCUUCGGCAAUGUCAGUUGGUGAAGGUGGACAUCAGUCAAGAACCAACCAAGAAACUGAGACAAAUAGGCAAAAUCAAAGCCAACAACCAUUAAUGGAUAUCAAUGUUCAGUUGAAUGCUGAAGAACUCGAAUUGGCAUUUGCCGAACUUAUGAAGAAUCCACAGUUGUUCCAUGAUUGAUUCUCUAUGCGGGAAAAUCAAAGAUGUGCUGCAUCAACAACAUAUAUUCUUCGUAGCUAUAUUAAUUAAUAUGCUGAUUAUUUCAAAUUGACUUUUCAGAAUUCGGUUGGUGUUUGUUAUAUAUAUAAUUAAAUGUACCUUUCGAAAAUUGUAAAAGUGAAAAAUGUGAAAUACAUAUUUGAUUGAAU